AUGCCAACAAAUUCAGAUUCUCGACCGAUCUUCAUGGUUCCCAGUACUUCAUCUGAGAACGCACAUAAAGUCGUAGUAUUUCCAGAAUGCGGCAAAGUGGCGUGCGACCAAGCAUGUGUGAACUGGUGUACUCACAGUCUGUGCUCCCACACCGUGGCCGUGGCGGAAACGAUGAAACGUCUAAAAGAAUUUCUCAACUGGUUUAAGAAGCAAAAACGUUCUCCGAACCUAACUUCGCUUGCCAACAUCAAUAUGCCUCAGAACAAAGGUCGUAAAUGUGGUACAAGGAAGAGGAAAGGAUCCUCCAACAAGAAACCAACUGAAGGUUUGCCUGUUGUUUUCAGUCGCGUGAUCCAGUCGCAGCUACGCCAAGUUAAUCAACUAAUGGUUCAGGCGACUGAACCAGAGGAGUCAGAUAUUGCGUCCCGUCGUGAUCAACCUCGAUUUCCACCGACUAACGCCGCCUUCCAACGUUGCAUGAUACCAACAAACAACGUCCUUCAUUGUGGUUUGACACCGACAACCAGCACCUUCCAACCUGGUAUGACACCGACAACCAGCGCCUUUCAACCUGGUACGACACCGACAAUCAGGGCCUUUCAACCUGGUAUGACACAGACAACCAGGGCCUUUCAACCUGGUAUGACACAGACAACCAGCGCCUUUCAACCUGGUACGACACCGACAAUCAGGGCCUUUCAACCUGGUAUGACACAGACAACCAGCGCCUUUCAACCUGGUACGACACCGAUACACAUUGAUCCAAUAAUAUAUCAAGCCCAACCCAGUCCUCUUCCAACCUACCAAUUGCAAGCCCAGCAGUUUAGUCCAGCAAGACAGAAACCAGAUUUCGGUUCAUUCGCAUUUGCGAGACUCCCAUACCUUGAUAGUCGAGUGUCAAAAUGCUAUGGCUGUGGAGAACUGUUAAAGCCAGGAGGUGUUUUGCCUCCUCCACCAAACGAUCUAGUUCUGACAACUAGGUUGCACAGGAAAUACCCUAAGGAUGGGCAGCUACAAAUAUCACCAACUAUCUCAUCAGUCUAUCUCCAUGUCAGCUCGUACUGUGCACGAGCAGCCCUCCCAGACUUUACCCCGGCAUUGUGCUACUUACCCAACGAUUUGGCUCCAUUUCUUCAUAAGGAACACUACGAUUUAAUGUAUGCAAAAUUAGGACUACGUUUUGCACAGAACUUGUAG